UCCGGGAUUAUGUUUCAGCGCGCAGUCUCAAUUUUUAUAACAUCUUUGUAAGCAAUUCGUUUUGUAUUUAAUUUCAAUUAUGCCACACGAGUCGUUUUAAUUAUCAAAAUAAAAAUCGGUUCUGUUUGACGAUAAGAAGAACAUGCUUCACGUAGAUGAAUUCCAAAAGGGAAUUUUUCUCCGGCAAAUCUUAUGCCAGCCUUUGAGCUGGGUCCUUGAACUGUAAACAGUCGCAUUUGAUUGCUUUCUCAGUGUUUCUGAGACAACGAGCUGUACAGAGAUCGGUCACUUUAACUGACACUCGAGUGCAGAAUGGUAACGUGAGAAGGAAAACAUGAAAAAACAUCACAGAAAAAUAUUCAUCCUGAUAGUUUUCGUGUAUGUGGUGUUUUCCUUGUAUGCUGCAUACAAUGUAUUUUUUAAUACGAAGGUGAUCACCCGUGUUCACAGAGUGGUGAAGAAAAUUACAGUCGCAACCUCAGGUGGUGGUGUUGUGGCUCCUUACAUUGGGGAUGAUGUGUGGAACCCUUGGGAGGAUGAGCAGGCUAAUGCGCUUUCUGCUCUUCACAAACAGAGGGAGGCUUUCAGACAAUAUCAGGAGCGCAUUGACAAGAACAGGCCCAAGAGAUACAAAGUUCAAAUCUGGGGGAAAGCGGCCAUAGGACUUUACCUUUGGGAACAUAUUUUAGAAGGUCCCCUCAACCCCACCGACAUACAAGCACAGUGGAGAGAGGGGGAGAUACAAGUGGGAAAGAUAGAUUUCAGUUUCUACACAGGUCCAGCGGUGAUCCAAGGCCAUGUUCCUCUGGACACAGACAGUGUGGUUCUGGUGCUGAAUGGCCGGGAGCAGCAGAAGAUCUCCUACGCCACCCGGUGGCUGCAGCAUGUCCAGACCUUGAUGCAGUUCCACGCUGUGAAUCGUGUGGCUGUGGUUCUGCUGGGCAGCGAGCGCUGCACCAAUGACUGGAUCAGCCCCUACCUGAGGAGACACGGGGGCUUUGUGGACCUGCUCUUCCUGGUCUAUGACAGCCCCUGGGUUAACGACAAGGAUGUCUUCCAGUGGCCCCUUGGAGUAGCCACAUACAGGCAGUUUCCUGUGGUCAUGCCAAACUCCCAUAUGGUGAGCUCCACAAGGCCCUUCCUCUGUAACUUCCUGGGAACUGUCUACAAGAACUCCUCGAGGGAAACACUCAUGGGGAUCUUGAAACAAACCGGACUGGACAAAGAGUGCAUCACUACUGGCAGAGAGAAGUGGCUUCCUCAGGAGACAGUGGAAAGUCUGAGACGGUACCAGACAGCCCUGGCCCAAAGCGAGCUCACCCUCUGCCCCGUGGGAAUCAACACGGAGUGCUACCGCAUCUACGAGGCCUGUGCCUACGGCUCCGUACCCGUGGUGGAAGACAUGGUGACCCCAGGUGGGUGCUCUGCUGCACGCAGCUCCCCACUGCGUCUCCUCAAAGCUGCAGGAGCCCCCUUCAUCUUUCUCAAAGACUGGAAGGAGCUUCCAGGCCUCCUGGAAAAGGAGAAGAUGAUGAGCCAGGAGGAAAGGACUGAGAGGAGGAGGAAACUGCUGGAGUGGUAUAGCAGUUUCCGCCAGCAGAUGAAGGACAGGUUCACCGAAGUCUUAGAGGAGACCUUCUUCAAAAACAGCUAAGUCUUUUUAAAGCUCAGAGUAAAACACAAAAUGGCACAUAAUUACGAGGUACUCUGUGGAUCUCAUUGGCAGUGUGUUUAAGGGAGAAAAGCCACAUUUUUGUGGAUUUUGUGGGCUUAUGGCUCCAUUUUGUAAGGUUUCCACUGGUAGCUGACAACUGUCUCUCACAAGAUAAUGUUCAAACAAAACAUUGAUUUCAGGCUAUGGGUGAAUUAUAUUAGAAUGAGGUGGCUGUAAAUCUUGUUGUUCUCCAUAAUUUAUUUUUGCAUAGUUCAAGAUUUACAUGUAUUUAUGUUGUAACUUAAAAGAUUAGGGAUUUCAGUUGCUCUUGAACUACUUGCUGAAUGCACACUCCAAAGCAACAUUGUAUUCAACCUUUCAGUAAGGCCCAGUUAUUGUAUUUUUACCCGAGGAGGGUGGCGCUAUAGGAGGACAGGCUCAUUGUAAUGGCUGGAAUGGAAUGAAAUUAAUGGAACUGUAUCUAACACAGUAAACAUAUGGAAACCACGUUUGACGGUCCAUUUAUUCCAUUACAAUAAGCCUGUCCUCCUAUAGCUCCUCCCACCAGCCUCCUCUGAUUAAUUUUUCCAUCUAGAAAUUUGUUGGGUGGAUAUCUCCUUUUCCUUUACGUUUAUCAUUGACCUGUCCUUGAACUAUGUAGGGCUUGUUAUUGUGACAGGAGUAGGUCUAUCUCCAGUGCAAUUGCAGUAAACCAUAUCCUGUGGUAAAACAUAACCUCAUGUUUUCAUGCUGUUUUUUUAUUAUAUUUUAUUUAUUUCACAUUUGUUUAACCAGGUAGGCAAGUUGAGAACAAGUACUCAUUUACAAUUGUGACCUGGCCAAGAUAAAGCAAAGCAGUUCGACACAUACAACAACACAAAGUUACACAUGGAGUAAAACAAACAUAGUCAAUAAUACAGUAGAAUAAUAAGUCUAUAUAUGAUGUGAGCAAAUGAGGUGAGAUAAGGGAGGUAAAGGCAAAAAAAGGCCAUGUUGGUGAAGUAAAUACAAUAUAGCAAGUAAAACAUUGGAAUGGUAGAUUUGCAGUGGAAGAAUGUGCAAAGUAGAGAUAGAAAUAAUGGUGUGCAAAGGAACUAAAUAAAUACAUAGAGUAGGGGGAGAGGUAGUUGUUUGGGCUAAAAUAUAGAUGGGCUAUGUACAGGUGCAGUAAUCUGUGAGCUGCUCUGACAGCUGGUGCUUAAAGCUAGUGAGGGAGAUAAGUGUUUCCAGUAUUAGAGAUUUUUGUAGUUCGUUCCAGUCAUUGGCAGCAGAGAACUGGAAGGAGAGGCGGCCAAAGGAAGAAUUGGUUUUGGGGGUGACCAGAGAGAUAUACCUGCUGGAGCGCGUGCUACAGGUGGGCGCUGCCAUGGUGACCAGCGAGCCGAGAUAAGGGAGGACUUUACCUAGCAGGAUCUUGUAGAUGACCUGGAGCCAGUGGAUUUGGUGACAAGUAUGAAGCGAGGGCCAGCCAACGAGAGCGUACAGGUCGCAGUGGUGGGUAGUGUAGUAUAUGGGGCUUUGGUGACAAAACAGAUGGCACUGUGAUAGUCUACACCCAAUUUAUUGAGUAGGGUAUUGGAGGCUAUUUUGUAAAUUACAUCGCCGAAGUCAAGGAUUGGUAGGAUGGCCAAUUUUACAAGGGUAUGUUUGGCAGCAUGAGUGAAAGAUGCUUUGUUGCGAAAUAGGAAGCCAAUUCUAGUUUUAAUUUUGGAUUGGAGAUGCUUAAUGUGGGUCUAGAUAGAGUUUACAGUCUAACCAGACACCUAGGUAUUUGUAGUUGUCCACAUAUUCUGUCAGAACCGUCCAGAGUAGUGAUGUUGGACGGGCGGGCAGGUGCGGGCAGCAAUCGGUUGAAGAGCAUGCAUUUAGUUUUACUUGUAUUUAAGAGCAGUUGGAGGCCACGGAAGGAGAGUUGUAUGGCAUUGAAGCUCGUCUGGAGGGUUGUUAACACAGUGUCGAAAGAAGGGCCAGAAGUAUACAGAAUGGUGUCGUCUGCAUAGAGGUGGAUUAGAGACUCACCAGCAGCAAGAGCGAUAUCAUUGAUGUAUACAGAGAAGAGAGUCAGUCCAAUAAUUGAACCCUGUGGCACCCCCAUAGAGACUGCCAGAGGCCCGGACAACAGGCCCUCCGAUUUGACACACUGAACUCUAUUAGAGAAGUAGUUGGUGAACCAGACGAGGCAAUCAUUUGAGAAACCAAGGCUGUCGAGUCUGCUGAUGAGGAUGUGGUGAUUGACAGAGUCGAAAGCCUUGGCCAGGUCAAUGAAUACAGCUGCACAGUAUUGUUUCUUAUUGAUGGCGGUUAAGAUAUCGUUUAGGAUCUUGAGCGUGGCUGAGGUGUACCCAUGACCAGCUCUGAAACCAGAUUGCAUAGUGGAGAAGGUAUGGUGGGAUUCGAAAUGGUUGGUAAUCUGUUUGUUGACUUGGCUUUCGAAGAUCUUAGAAAGGCAGGGUAGGAUAGAUAUAGAUCUCUAGCAGUUUGGCUCAAGAGUGUCCCCCCCUUUGAAGAGGGUGAUGACCGCAGCUGCUUUCCAAUCUUUGGGAAUCUCAGACGACACGAAAGAGAGGUUAAUGUAUUAGAGCUUGAAAAAUGAUUAACACUGUUCCUGUUGCAUCUUGUUUUCUGUGAAAUGUUGUAAACUGUUUGUUUUGCUAUUAAAACGUGUAAUAUUUG